AAGAUUUCUGAGCCUGAUGCAUGUAACUGCGCAAUUUGUGUGUUUGGAGACUACUGUCAGACUUGCCAACUAUGAGUGAUCCGUUGAGCGUAGCGUCGGCUCUCGUGGCCAUCGUCACAGCCACUAUGCAGUCCGGCAAAAUUCUAUAUGACACCAUCCAGAGUUUCAAAAACCAUCGGAAAGUCAUCCGGGAGCUCGUGGAAGAGCUUGCGGCCCUCAACGAAGUGCUGCUAAGCCUGAAUACGCUUGUCCAAAAAGGAGAAGACCGAGGCUCUUUGAGAUCGCUGAAAGUCCCUCUGUUGCAAUGCCGACAAGCUUGUGACGAUUUCAACGGAUUGAUCAUUGAGUGUAGCAAGAAUUCUGGUCGGCCCAGGACGAGCUUUAGAGACUGGUUCAAAGUACGAUACAUGGAGAGCGACAUCGGCGGUUUUGUCACCAUGCUGGCUGGGUAUAAAUCCACCAUUUCCAUUGCUCUGGGCAGUGCAAAUCUAGAAUCCGCCACUGUUACCCUCCAAACACUCAACGAGUAUAAGGAUAUGAUUCAGAAGACAGCUGGAGAGCUUGAAGACCACCUUGAAGACAUAAACGCGAAGCUGGAACACCUCAUAUUGCACCAACAAGAGUCUUUUCAAGCUCUCUCAAGCAACAUCGAUCGUAUUCAAAACGAGAAGGACAGCACUGAGAUUUGCCUUGAGAUUUGUGCCCAAGUCCAAGCUCGUAUCGACGAGAUGCAAUUCCGGCCCAUUUCACCCAGCUCAUCCUCGAAUGAAAUAUCUUGCCGAAACCUGACACGGGCCAUGGUCAUGACGAUGUCAACACUUAGCCAGUGCAGAGACAUUAUCACAGACAAUGUUUCUCAGUUGCGUAGGCAAAAAGAAGAGGUUAGCAGACAACAACUGGGAUCGGACGUAACCAGCUCAUCUGGGCAAUUGGAGGCUGGAAAUAGAAGGUUACAAGAAGAAGCCAACAGUACAAAAACGUGUCUGACGAUCUGCAAUGACGCCUCCGAGCAUGCUAUGAAGCGAGUUCAUGUUCUGGAAGACAUGACUACGGGUCACGACGGGCAGCAGUUGUUCGUGUCUACCUUGGGGGAUCUGUUCAAUGUCAAGGGCGCGACGACGGGCGAUAGAGGGAUCCAGUUUGUGGGGUCAGUGGGAGAAGAAUCACUUCAGGAGUUUUUCAGGAGUCAAAUGAAAUGGUAGAGU